GGCCUAGAUGAAAAGAGUAUGUCCAAAUACGUCGCGUUGAAAGUAGCACAUCACUCUUAAAGUUGCAAGCAUACCUAGGAUACGUUGUUAAACUUGCCAAGCCAUCAUAGACCUCGGGCUGGCUGUGCCGCUGUAAAAGCAGCGCUUAUCCACACAGAAUGAAUCGUAAGCGUCCAGAGCCUAUCGCUGUUCCGGAGGAGAAGAAGACGUCCUACGUGCUAACGAAUAAGGGCAAGUUCGUGGAGGGUGACUUAACCAUCAGCCGCGAGGGACUGCAAAUUAAUUCACCAGCAAGUACACUUGGAGCGGCUCGCCCUGGUUCAGCGAACUCUCUUCAGCCAAACAAGCGCCCGCUACCACAAGAGGAGGAUUCAGCAAGUUCGCGGGGCCCCGGGGAGGCCAGCACCAGUGGAGGCGGCGCCUCCGUCAGCCCACGACAACGCGCUGGCGGCAGCGGCGCUGGGGCGGGAGCCACAGAGGGCCUCACGCCGGAUGACUUUGAGGAGAUUUGCGUGAUCGGUCAGGGCAGCAGCGGCGUGGCAAAGAAGGUUCGCAACAAGCGAGAUGGGCGGCACAUGGUACUGAAAGUGAUCCAGUUUGACGUGUCUUCGGACACCGUACGGAAGCAGGUAACUACGGAGUUGCGGACGUUAUACGGCGCGGAUCAUCGCAAUGUCGUACGGUACUAUGCGGCAUUCUUCGACAAUGGGGCCAUCACCAUUGCCAUGGAGUACUGCGACGCGGGGAGCCUAGGGGACCUGCUGAAGGCACGGGCGAAGCAGUACCAACAGCAACAGCUCCGGACACUGCAGCAGCAGUCCAGUCAAAAGGCCGCGACAGCAGCUGCCACCGGCUCUGCGGGCGGGUCCGGGUCUGCGGGUGGGGCGACUGCUGGCGUGGGCGGGUCCUCGGACUCGUGUGCUGCAGCGGAGCACCUGGCGGGACCCGGGCUGCCUGAGCCCGUCAUCGCGCACAUCGCUCGGCAGCUGGUGGCGGGGCUGCACUACCUGCACAAGGAGCUCAAGGUUGUCCACCGCGACAUCAAGCCCUCCAACCUGCUGCUCAACAGCGCGGGCGAGGUGAAGAUCAGCGACUUUGGCGUGUCGGGGCAGCUGGCCUCCUCCGUCUCCAACUGCCUCUCCUGGGUGGGCACCGUCACCUACAUGAGCCCCGAGCGCAUCAAGGGCGACUCGUACAGCUUUGACAGCGACCUGUGGAGCCUGGGGCUCACGCUGCUGGAGUGCGCGCUGGGGCGCUUCCCGUACCCGCCGCCGGGCGAGUCCGGUGUGACUCUGGGCUUCUGGGAGCUGCUGGAGUACAUUGUGAUGGAGCCGCCGCCCGCGCUGCCCGCCGACCAGUUCUCACCUGAGCUUGUGGACUUUGUGGGGCAGUGCCUGCAGAAGGACGCCAAGGCGCGGCCCAGCGUCACGGCGCUGGCGCAGCACCCCUUCCUGAAGAUGUACCCGGACGCCUCGCUGAGGGAGGUGCUGCAGCCGGCGGUGGAGGCGGCGGCGGCGGUGGAGGCGGCAGGGACUGCGGCCAAGGCUGCGGCAGCGGCAGCGUUGGGGGCGCGGUGAAGGCGCGAAGGUGGGGGAGGUUAGUAUGAGGUAUGGCUUGUUGUGUAGGCCGGGCGCAGGCGUGCGUUUGAGUGAAGGCGGGGAGGAUGGAAUGAGGGAGAAGGGAAACGCGGCAAGAGUUUGUGUAGACGCGCGGACGAGGGGCAGCAGUCACAGCGCAGAUUUCGUCUUCCCCCCUUAAUUACAGCAGGAUGCCACCUAUUGGCUGGCCAAAAGGCCAAGAGUUUAGCGAGGAUGUUGCAAUAGAUUGGGAACUUCGUGAUGCGAUGAGAAUAUUCGUGCGGACGUUGAAGCACCAACGGCCUGUGUAGUCAUGGGGCAGGCAAAGGCGCACCGCGGAACCGGCGUGCAUUCUUAUUGAUACCUCUCGUUUAUUGGCAGGUAGGUAAGCAGAUUGUGUCUGGAGGCUCGCGUGCUGCUGCGCUCGUGUUUAGUAAUGCUUGGUCAGGUCUUAUGGGCGAGGGUUAGCGGCGCCCAAGGACUGUGUGAUCCGCUGAUCUCGGCAGUUGUCUCGUGAUUUUCUUAAUACGCGAUUAAUGUAGGUGGCAUGACAUGAGGGCACAUCGACCUUGUAUGCAACCCGUUGGAAGCAGACGGCAGGCUCGAUGGGAGGCACAUGGGAAAGUCGGCGAAUGGUUGGCGAGUUUUGCGCCGCAACGCGGAUAGGUAAGUGAGGUGCGAUGGGCGUUUUGUGGAAAUUUUAAUGGUCUCAUGAGCGGGUGACUUGGCCUUUUAUGGUUGUCUGGCUAGUUGGCUUUUGAUUCCCGCCGUCUGUUCGUUUGAUGCUUGGUCUGUUGGUUUGUUAUUGGGUUGUUACCUUGUUGGCGUGCGGUGGUCUUCAGUAUGCUAACGGUAGCACCGGGCAUUAUCUUAGUAGAAAAUUAAAGCAAAUUUGCAAACGUGCGUAGAGCCGUUAUCGUCGCCAUGCAGCACCGCAGUACGGCAAACGCUGUGUUGCUCGUGUUGGCGUUUGCUGCGCCGUGCUUGCGUCGUUGUGGCGACACCCUCAUUCUGGAGGUAUCCCUACUUGCUGUGAUCCUCCUGCAUGCACGCGGCACCCUAACACGUGAUUCUCCGCCUAUUCAUAGUCGCAACGUUGGUAACUGCAUGGAAUCGUUCCGUCCGGCAUCUGGAUGUGUUGCCAUUGAUGUUUUGGCCCGGAGGGACAGCUGUCCUUAAGUAGCAAUCAAGCAGUUAUAGAAUCUCUGAAUAAAUAUUUGCCCUGGGGAAUGUUGACAUAGGAUAGCACAGAGGUAGGUAUCGUAUUGAGUAUAGGGAGUGGCUAGCAAGUAGCAACAUCCCGGCUCCCUCCCUCCCUGGGACUGGUAGGCCCCGGCGGGAGGAGCUGAAGCAGACGGCACUAGUGUUGAAAUGUAAAAGCAACAUGGUG